GCGGCGCCGGGCGGCCGCGGAGCCAUGGACGGCAGCGGGCCCUUCAGCUGCCCCAUCUGCCUGGAGCCGCUGCGGGAGCCGGUGACGCUGCCCUGCGGCCACAACUUCUGCCUCGCCUGCCUGGGCGCGCUCUGGCCGCACCGCGGCACGGGCGGAGCCGGCGCCCCCGGGGGCGCAGCCCGCUGCCCGCUGUGCCAGGAGCCCUUCCCCGACGGCCUGCAGCUCCGCAAGAACCACACGCUGUCCGAGCUGCUGCAGCUCCGCCAGGGCUCGGGCCCCGGGCCCGGGCCCGGCCGGGCCUCGGCCCCGGCCCCCGCUCCCGAGCCCGCGGCCCCCAGCGCGCCGCCCAGCGCCCCCGAGCCGUCGGCUCCCUGCGCGCCCGAGCCCUGGACUGCGGGCGAAGAGCCGGUGCGCUGCGACGCGUGCCCCGAGGGCGCCGCCCUGCCCGCCGCGCGCUCCUGCCUCUCCUGCCUCGCCUCCUUCUGCCCCGCGCACCUGGGUCCGCACGAGCGCAGCCCCGCGUUGCGCGGACACCGCCUGGUGCCGCCGCUGCGCCGGCUGGAGGAGAGCCUGUGCCCGCGCCACCUGCGGCCGCUGGAGCGCUACUGCCGCGCGGAGCGCCGGUGCCUGUGCGAGGCCUGCGCCCAGGAGCACCGCGGCCACGAGCUGGUGCCGCUGGAGCAGGAGCGCGCGCUCCAGGAGGCCGAGCAGCCCAAAGUGCUGAGUGCCGUGGAGGACCGCAUGGAUGAGCUGGGCGCCGGCAUCGCCCAGUCCCGGCGGACCGUGGCCCUCAUCAAGAGCGCAGCCGUGGCUGAGCGGGAGAGGGUGAGCCAGCUGUUUGCGGAGGCUGCGGCCACCCUGCAGGAGUUCCAGAAGGAGGUGCUGGGCUUCAUCGAGGAGGGGGAGGCCGCCCUGCUGAGCCGCUCCCAGGGCGACCUUCGGCGGCAGGAGGAGCAGCGCAGCAGGCUGAGCCGGGCCCGCCACAACCUGGGCCAGGUCCCCGAGGCCGACUCAGUGAGCUUCCUGCAGGAGCUGCUGGCGCUCAGGCUGGCCCUGGAGGAGGGGUGCGGCCCCGGGCCUGGUCCCCCGCGGGAGCUCGGCUUCACUAAGUCAUCCCAGGCGGUGAGGGCGGUGCGAGAGGUGCUGGCCGCGGCCUGCGCCAGCCAGUGGGGGCAGCUGCGGGGGCUGAGCGGUGACGAGGACGGGCCGCACAAGCUGGGCCCAGAAGCCGAUGCUGAGUCCCAAGACCCAGACACCAGCAGCCACCUGGACAGCGAGGCGCCCCGGGAUUACUUCCUCAAGUUCGCCUACAUCGUGGACCUGGACAGCGACACGGCGGACAAGUUCCUGCAGCUGUUCGGCACGAAAGGCGUGAAGAGGGUGCUGUGUCCCAUCAGCUACCCCGAGUCGCCCACCCGCUUCACCCACUGCGAGCAGGUGCUGGGCGAGGGCGCCCUGGACCGGGGCACCUACUACUGGGAGGUGGAGAUCAUCGAGGGCUGGGUCAGCGUGGGGGUCAUGGCUGAAGACUUCUCCCCACAAGAGCCCUACGACCGGGGCCGGCUCGGCCGCAACGCCCACUCCUGCUGCCUGCAGUGGAACGGGCGCGGCUUCUCCGUGUGGUUCCACGGGCAGGAGGCGCCCCUGCCCCACGCCUUCUCGCCCACGGUUGGGGUCUGCCUGGAAUAUGCCGACCGAGCCCUGGCCUUCUAUGCCGUGCGGGACGGCAAGGUGAGCCUCCUGCGGAGGCUGAAGGCCACCCGGGCCCGCAGGAGCGGCCCCCCGGCCUCCCUCGGCGACCCCUUCCAGAGCUUCGUGGACAGCUACUUCCCGGAGCUCUUCCGGAGCCGGCUGAAGCCCGCCUUCUUCCUGGAGAGCGUGGACGCCCACCUGCAGAUCGGGCCCCUCAAGAAGUCCUGCAUAUCCGUGCUGAAGAGGAGGUAGAGCGGGCGCCGGGCCUCGCCGCUCCUGGCGUGCGCGUCUCCGCAGCCCACACGUCCUUCCUCAGCAGCCUCGUUUCUAGAACACUCGGCCUCCCGCCUCUCAGGGAGGAGGCCUCCCAGGCCCUCUCAAGUGCCUCUCAGACCCCCCUUUCCGCCCCUGCAGGCCUUGUUUCCGGGAGAGAGAGCCACAGCCAGGACAGAUCCAGGCUGCCCCAAGCCCUCCUUUUCCAGGUGCCCAGGACAGUGCCUGGCACACAGUAGGUGCUCAAUAAACAUCUGUUGAAGGAAUGACUCCUCUGUG